UGGCAACACUGAUGGUCACUGUCAAAUUGAAAUUGUGCCGCGAUGCGGUAGCGUCGCGUGUUUAUUUUAAAAUAUUGGUUUAAAUUUUAUUUCUUUAUAUUAAAACAGUGCUAUUGUUUGUGUGGUGCGAAAUAGUGUUGACGAAAAAUGUUGGUCCUGUUCGAAACGCCGGCGGGCUACGCUAUAUUCAAGUUGCUGGAUGAUUCUAAAUUGUCUGAAAUAGAUAGUUUAUACGAAGAGUUCAACACACCUGAAGGAGCUUCUGCUGUUGUGAAACUGAAGAACUUUGUGAAGUUCGAAGACACAACAGAAGCUUUAGCUGCAACCACUGCAGCUAUAGAGGGCAAAAUAUCGAAACCAUUGAAGAAAGCCCUAAAAAAAUAUAUUUCUAAAGAAGUACAAGACCAGCUCCUUGUCGGAGAUGCCAAACUUGGAAGUGCCAUAAGAGAGAAGUUUGAUCUACAAUGUGUCUCAAACUCCAAUGUACAGGAAUUGUUGAGAUGUAUCAGGUCCCAGAUGGACAGUCUCCUGGCUGGAUUGCCAAAGAAGGAGAUGACAGCCAUGGCUCUUGGUCUUGCUCACUCCCUAAGUAGAUAUAAGCUUAAAUUCUCUCCAGACAAAAUUGAUACUAUGAUUGUCCAAGCACAAUGUCUUUUGGAUGACUUAGACAAAGAACUAAACAACUACAUUAUGAGAUGUAGAGAAUGGUACGGAUGGCACUUCCCAGAAUUGGGCAAGAUUAUAAAUGACAAUACACUCUUUGUGAAGGUAGUCAAACUAAUAGGAACCAGGGAUAAUGCUUCACAGACUGAUUUGUCAGAUGUACUCCCUGAAGAUCUAGAAGAGAAGGUCAAGGAAGCUGCAGAGAUUUCUAUGGGCACAGAAAUAUCUGAUGAUGAUAUUAUGAACAUACAGAAUUUGUGUGAUGAAAUUGUGUCAAUUACGGAAUACAGGACGCAUUUGACUGACUAUCUGAAGGCAAGGAUGAUGGCCAUGGCACCAAACUUGACAGUACUCAUUGGGGAGCACAUAGGAGCGAGGUUGAUUGCCCAUGCUGGAUCUUUGAUGAAUCUUGCUAAACAUCCCGCUUCAACAGUGCAGAUAUUUGGUGCGGAGAAGGCUCUGUUCAGGGCUUUGAAGACUAAAAAAGACACUCCGAAAUACGGUCUUAUCUACCAUGCUCAAUUGGUAGGACAGUGUAGUACUAAGAAUAAGGGUAAGAUGUCUAGGAUGUUGGCAGCUAAGGCGGCAUUAGCUACAAGGGUUGAUGCGUUUGGAGAAGAUGUGUCCUUUGAGCUUGGUGCUGAGCACAAGGUCAAGCUGGAGAACAGACUGAGGCUGCUAGAGGAAGGCAAUUUGAGGAGGAUCAGUGGCACCGGCAAGGCCAAGGCGAAGUUUGAGAAGUAUCACAGUAAGAGUGAGGUGUUCCAAUAUCAAGUAGCGAACGACAGCACGAUAGGAAAGAAACCAGUGAAAAGGGAACACUCACCUGAAGAGGACGGCCAGGUAUCAGCCAAGAAAAUCAAGCUUGAGGAUGGUGCUGCUGAUGUCACACCCAAGAAGAAGAAGGUAAAGCAAGAAGUAAAAGAGGAGCUUGAAGAAGAUGGCGAAGAGCCGGCCCCAUCUGAGCCCACAUCAGAGAAAAAGAAAAAGAAGAAGAAGUCAUUAGCAGCAGAACAGGCUGAUGAGUCACAAGUAGCUGACCAAGAACCAGAAGAGCCAAAGAGCGAAAAGAAGAAAAAGAAGAAAGUAGCAGAUGACUCGCAAGUAGCUGAUGCUGAUGAGACAGUAGAGGAGCCUAAAAGCGAAAAGAAGAAGAAAAAGAAGAAACGACAGUCACAGGUGGAAGAAGAGUAACGCUACCUCUAAAUAUUGUUAAGGAUUUGGUGACAGUAGCAGUGCAAUACAGAGAGAUUAGGUUUUAGAUAUUGUCUUCUGAUGAGGCAUAAAUUAUAAUUAGAUCUAUCGAAUUUAAUUCUGUGAAACAUAUUCUUUAGUCAGUUUGUGUAUAUUUUUGGGUAAAAGUGACCAUCUUAAAGUAUCUGUAGUGCCCUGUAUGUACUAUAGAUUGUUGUGAUUACAUUGUGCUAAAACUAAUAUAAUUUGAGUAAGUUCUUUAUUUCAACAUUGUAUGCUUUUUGCAGUAUAUAAAUAUACGGGUUUUAAUAAUUUUAACAGCGUAGUGUUAAUUCAUUUUCUAUUGAUGUAGUAACUGGAUUACUUCCCGUCGUUGCGUGAUAUUGAGCUGACACGGAUUUUUUACUAUACCUUGGCUGUUAGUAGGGGAUAUCACGUGCCGGUCCACUGGGUACCACAAACAGGGCCCUAUUUCCCUGAGGCCCUGAUGCCACACGUUAUUUUGAUAGUACAUCCCAUGUAACGCACCUAAGCGUGUUUAUGGCUUAGCAAUUGGCAUACAGAAUACCAUUUUGCCUUAUUUCACGAUCUUAACUUUGUCAAUUUGGAUCCGUUAGGCCUCCAAGAUGUUUUUUCUUCAAGUUCCUCAAUUCUCAGUAUAGUUUUGUAUGAAUAGUACCAAGUAUAUUGCUGCUGUCGCCUUAAUGUCGCAUUGUGUCUUAGGUUUAAGAUAAAGUAACAUUAAUGUUACAAUAAAUUUAUAUUCAAAAUGA